CCGACUACAGUUCCCAGGGUGCUCUGCUCCCCCUUUUGGGUGUUAUUGCCACUUCCCGGGUGCUGGACGCGGCAGCAGCGGGCAGAGAGUGCCAGGUCCGGGGUCCUCUGUGUCCUUCCCCGAGGCCAGGACGAGGCAGUGGCUGGACUUGCGGGCACCGUGCCCGGGAGGGAGCGCAGGAGGCCGCCGUCUCUGCCGUUCGGUGCGUUGCGCCCUACUCUCCCGUCUCGGUUCCCCGCGGCCGCCUGGACGGCCCUGGACCUACUGCCCGGGGCGCGGGCGGCGGUCGCGGCAGCCGGGACUGUGGCGAGGCCGCGGCCCUAGGGCGGCGGUAGCGGCGUCAGCUCUGGGGAGGACGAGGAGGGAAGAUGGCGUCGGAGCUGGAGCCCGAGGUGCAGGCCAUCGACCGGAGUUUGCUGGAAUGUUCGGCUGAGGACACGGCAGGGAAAUGGCUGCAAGCGACUGACCUCACUAGAGAAGUGUACCGGCAUUUAGCCCACUAUGUACCCAAAAUCUACUGCAGGGGUCCCAACCCUUUUCCACAGAAAGAAGACAUGCUGGCCCAGCAUGUUUUGCUGGGACCAAUGGAAUGGUACCUUUGUGGUGAAGAUCCUGCAUUUGGGUUUCCAAAACUUGAACAAGCCAACAAACCUUCUCAUCUUUGCGGUCGUGUUUUUAAAGUAGGAGAGCCUACAUAUUCUUGCAGAGACUGUGCAGUUGACCCAACUUGUGUUUUAUGCAUGGAGUGCUUUUUGGGAAGUAUUCACAGAGACCAUCGAUAUAGGAUGACAACAUCAGGAGGUGGAGGUUUCUGUGACUGUGGUGAUACUGAAGCUUGGAAAGAGGGCCCUUACUGUCAAAAACAUGAACUUAACACCUCUGAAAUUGAGGAAGAAGAGGAUCCUCUUGUGCAUUUAUCAGAAGAUGUGAUAGCAAGGACUUACAACAUUUUUACUAUUAUGUUUCGAUAUGCAGUAGAGAUAUUAACCUGGGAAAAAGAAAAUGAAUUGCCAGUGGAUUUAGAAAUAGAACAGAAGAGUGACACUUACUAUUGCAUGCUGUUUAAUGAUGAGGUUCACACCUAUGAACAGGUUAUUUAUACUCUUCAGAAAGCUGUUAAUUGUACACAAAAAGAAGCCAUUGGUUUUGCAACUACAGUAGAUCGAGAUGGACGUAGAUCUGUUAGAUAUGGAGACUUCCAAUAUUGUGAACAAGCUAAAUCAGUAAUUGUGAGGAAUACCAGUAGACAGACAAAGCCACUCAAAGUCCAAGUCAUGCAUUCGUCUAUUGUCGCACAUCAGAAUUUUGGUUUGAGACUUUUAUCUUGGCUGGGAAGUAUUAUUGGAUACUCAGAUGGCCUUCGCCGAAUUUUAUGUCAAGUUGGUUUACAAGAAGGCCCAGAUGGUGAAAACUCUUCUCUAGUGGAUAGACUGAUGCUUAGUGAUUCCAAAUUGUGGAAAGGUGCUAGAAGUGUGUAUCAUCAGUUGUUCAUGAGCAGUCUACUUAUGGAUUUGAAAUACAAGAAGCUGUUUGCUGUUCGAUUUGCAAAGAAUUACCAGCAGUUGCAGAGAGAUUUUAUGGAGGAUGAUCACGAGCGAGCAGUGUCCGUGACUGCUCUGUCUGUCCAGUUCUUCACCGCACCUACUCUGGCUCGGAUGCUCAUCACAGAAGAAAACUUGAUGACCAUUAUCAUUAAGACUUUUAUGGAUCAUUUGAAACAUCGAGAUGCCCAGGGCAGAUUUCAGUUUGAACGAUAUACUGCUUUACAAGCCUUCAAGUUUAGGAGAGUUCAGAGCCUUAUUUUAGAUCUUAAAUAUGUGUUAAUUAGCAAACCAACUGAAUGGUCAGAUGAUCUCAGGCAGAGGUUCCUAGAAGGAUUUGAUGCCUUUUUGGAAUUACUCAAAUGUAUGCAGGGAAUGGACCCUAUUACACGUCAAGUAGGACAGCAUAUUGAAAUGGAACCAGAGUGGGAAGCGGCCUUCACUCUCCAGAUGAAAUUAACACACGUCAUUUCAAUGAUGCAAGACUGGUGUGCUCUUGAUGAAAAAGUGUUAAUCGAAGCUUACAAGAAAUGCCUUGCUGUGUUGAUGCAGUGUCAUGGUGGUUUUACUGAUGGUGAACAGCCAAUCACAUUAAGCAUUUGUGGACAUUCAGUGGAAACUAUCAGAUACUGUGUUUCCCAAGAAAAAGUUAGCAUUCACCUCCCAGUUUCUCGUUUACUUGCAGGUUUGCAUGUAUUAUUAAGCAAAAGUGAAGUGGCAUAUAAAUUUCCAGAGCUGCUACCUUUAAGUGAACUAAGCCCACCCAUGUUGAUAGAACAUCCUCUUAGAUGUCUUGUUUUAUGUGCACAAGUGCACGCAGGAAUGUGGAGAAGAAAUGGGUUCUCCCUAGUUAACCAGAUUUAUUACUACCAUAAUGUGAAAUGCAGACGUGAGAUGUUUGACAAGGAUAUAAUAAUGCUUCAGACAGGUGUCUCCAUGAUGGACCCAAAUCAUUUCCUGAUGAUAAUGCUGAGCCGCUUUGAACUUUAUCAGAUUUUCAGUACUCCGGACUAUGGGAAAAGAUUUAGUUCUGAGAUCUCUCAUAAGGAUGUAAUUCAACAGAACAAUACUUUAAUAGAAGAAAUGCUGUACCUCAUUAUAAUGCUUGUUGGAGAGAGAUUUAGUCCUGGAAUUGGACAGGUAAAUGCUACCGAUGAAAUUAAGCGGGAGAUUAUCCAUCAGUUGAGCAUCAAACCUAUGGCUCAUAGUGAACUGGUGAAGUCUUUACCUGAAGAUGAGAACAAGGAGACUGGCAUGGAGAAUGUAAUUGAGACAGUUGCCCAUUUCAAAAAACCUGGAUUAACUGGACGAGGCAUGUAUGAACUGAAACCAGAGUGCACCAAGGAAUUCAACUUGUAUUUCUAUCACUUUUCAAGGGCAGAACAGUCCAAGGCAGAGGAAGCUCAACGGAAAUUGAAAAGACAAAAUAGGGAAGAUACAGCACUUCCACCUCCAGUGUUGCCUCCAUUCUGCCCUCUGUUUGCAAGUCUGGUAAACAUUUUGCAGUCAGAUGUCAUGCUGUGCAUCAUGGGAACAGUGCUGCAGUGGGCUGUAGAACACAACGGAUAUGCCUGGUCCGAAUCUAUGCUGCAAAGGGUGUUACAUUUAAUUGGAAUGGCCCUACAAGAAGAAAAACAGCAUUUAGAGAAUGUCGUGGAAGAGCAUGUAGUAACAUUUACUUUCACUCAGAAGAUAUCAAAACCUGGUGAAGCACCAAAAAACUCUCCUAGCAUCCUAGCUAUGUUGGAGACAUUACAAAAUGCUCCUUACCUAGAUGUCCACAAAGAUAUGAUUAGGUGGAUAUUAAAGACUUUUAAUGCUAUUAAGAAGAUAAGGGAGAGUUCAUCCACCAGUCCUGUGGCAGAGACAGAAGGAACCAUAUUGGAAGAGAGUUCAAGAGACAAAGACAAAGCGGAGCGAAAGAGGAAAGCUGAAAUUGCCAGGCUGCGCAGAGAAAAAAUCAUGGCCCAGAUGUCUGAGAUGCAGCGACAUUUUAUUGAUGAGAACAAAGAACUCUUCCAGCAAACUUUAGACCUGGAUGCCUCCGCUUCUGCAGUUCUUGAUAAUAGCCCUGUUGUUUCAGAUAUGACACUCACAGCUUUGGGCCCAGCACAGACUCAAGUCCCUGAACAAAGACAUUUUGUUACCUGUAUAUUGUGUCAAGAAGAGCAAGAGGUGAAGGUGGAAAGCAAGGCAAUGGUCCUGGCAGCAUUUGUUCAAAGAUCAACUGUAUUAUCAAAAAAUAGAAGUAAAAUCGUUCAGGAUCCAGAAAAAUAUGAUCCACUAUUCAUGCACCCUGAUCUGUCUUGCGGAACACACACUGGUAGCUGUGGGCACAUUAUGCAUGCCCAUUGCUGGCAAAGGUAUUUUGAUUCUGUUCAAGCUAAAGAACAGAGAAGACAGCAGAGAUUACGCUUACAUACGAGCUACGAUGUAGAAAAUGGAGAAUUCCUGUGUCCCCUUUGUGAAUGCUUAAGUAAUACUGUUAUUCCUCUGUUGCUUCCUCCAAGAAAUAUUUUUAACAAGAGGUUAAAUUUUUCAGACCAACCAAAUCUAACUCAGUGGAUUAGAACAAUAUCUCAACAAAUAAGAGCAUUACAGGUUCUUAGGAAAGAAGAGCGAGCUCAUAAUACUACCUUUUCAAAGAACUCAGAAAAAAUGAAUGAAUUCCAGUUCCCUGAAGGAUUUAGACCUGAUUUUCAUCCUAAGAAUCCUUAUUCUGAGAGCAUAAGAGAAAUGUUAACAACAUUUGGAACUGCUACCUACAAGGUGGGACUGAAGGUUCAUCCCAAUGAAGAGGAUCCCCGUGUGCCCAUAAUGUGUUGGAGUAGUUGUGCAUAUACCAUCCAGAGCAUCGAAAGAAUUUUAAGUGAUGAAGAUAAACCAUUGUUCGGCCCUUUGCCUUGCAGACUGGAUGAUUGUCUCAGGUCAUUAACAAGAUUUGCUGCAGCACAUUGGACAGUGGCAUCACUUUCAGUGGUACAAGAACACUUUAGUAAACUUUUUGCAUCUGUGGUGCCUGAUGACAGCCACGGAGACCUUCCAUGCAUACUGGAUAUUGACAUGUUUCAUUUAUUGGUGGGCUUGGUGCUGGCGUUCCCUGCGCUGCAGUGUCAGGACUUCUCGGGGAUCAGCCUCCGUGCCGGAGACCUUCACAUUUUCCAUCUGGUUACUAUGGCACACAUAGUGCAGGUCUUGCUUACAUCGUGUACAGAAGAGAAUGGCAUGGAUCAAGAAAAUUUUGUUGGUGAAGAAGAACUAGCAGUUCUUGCUUUGUAUAAAACACUUCACCAGUAUACAGGAAGUGCCUUGAAAGAUAGCCCAUCCGGCUGGCAUCUGUGGAGGGAUGUCAGAGCGGGCAUCAUGCCUUUCCUGAAGUGUUCUGCUUUGUUUUUUCAUUACUUAAAUGGCGUUCCUUCCCCACCAGAAGUUCAAGUUUCUGGAUCAAGCCAUUUUGAACAUCUAUGUAAAUAUCUUUCCCUGCCAAACAACCUCCUUUGCCUUUUUCAAGAAAAUAGUGAGAUAAUGAAUUCAUUGAUUAAAAGUUGGUGUCAAAACAUUGGAGUUAAAAGAUACCUACAAGGUGAAAGAGAUGCUAUAAGCUAUCCAAGAGAAUCUAACAAAUUAAUAAACCUUCCAAAGGAUUACAGCAGCCUCAUUAAUCAAGCAUCUAAUUUCUCGUGCCCCAAAUCAGGUGGUGAUAAGAGCAGAGCCCCAACUCUGUGCCUUGUGUGUGGAACUCUGUUGUGCUCCCAGAGCUACUGCUGUCAGACUGAACUGGAAGGCGAGGACGUUGGGGCCUGCACCGCUCACACCUACUCCUGCGGCUCCGGAGUGGGCAUCUUCCUGAGAGUACGGGAAUGUCAGGUGCUAUUUCUAGCUGGCAAAACCAAAGGCUGUUUUUAUUCUCCUCCUUACCUUGAUGACUAUGGGGAAACUGACCAGGGACUCAGACGGGGGAAUCCCUUACAUUUGUGCAAAGAACGAUUUAGGAAGAUUCAGAAGCUCUGGCACCAGCACAGCAUCACAGAGGAAAUUGGACAUGCACAGGAAGCAAAUCAGACACUGGUUGGCAUCGACUGGCAGCAUUUGUAGCUACUUUCGCUACCAAAAACACACCUGGAUUUUUGUAACCCAAGAAAGAGAGUAGGAAGUUCUACUGAGUUUGGAAGUAAAUUCUUUAUU